UUAUACUCUUGUCCUUGUUUAUCAACUCUCCCACCGCUACUUCGACUAACGUAUCGCUCAGUUUGGAGAGCUGAAUUUACACCACUACACUUCAUUUCUUCAGUGUUAAAGUGACUCUAAAGUGAGUUGGUUCAGCGUUUCAUUUUUUUCAGGCAAGAAAAUGCCUGCAACCAUGAAAAAUGUGAUCGCUGUGGCGAUUAUCUUCUCGAUUUCAUUGGUUGAAGCUGUUCCAUAUUCGAAAUAUGGAAGAACUUGUAAUGAUAUUGGAUGUCCCAGCAACGAAGUUUGUGUCAUAAAGGAAGAUCAAUGUACAUAUUCAAACAGUCAAUGUGGUCGUUAUCCAACUUGCGAAAAAAGAAGCCAUGGAGAACCAACUUGCAGUACAAUGAAUUGUCCAACGGGUCAGAAAUGUAAAAUAGACAAUGGAAGGCCAGUCUGUGUGAAAUCUCAAGAGAACAAUUGGAACAAUUCUGAGAUGACAUCAUGGGAAGUUGACAACGAUCUCGGCGUAGACAUUCUCAAGGACAAUACAAUUGGUGAAUAUAACGAUUUACGAAAUGGCGGUUUCGCUGAUUUUUACGGUCAUUUCGUCAAAAAAAAUUUACCAGAAGAGGAAACGAAUUUCUUGUUCUCAACGAGAAGGAGACGUGAUGUUGAUGAUUCCGCUAGACGACCAUCUUCCGGUUAUCCGGAAGAACCCAAAACGGGCUCUAGUUACCCAUCCGAAUAUGGUUCUGCCAGCAAAGGUCUGGAUUCCGGUUCCAGCAGAGCCAGUAUGGGUUAUCCAUCGGGCGCUGGAUACUCGAAUCCAAAUGCCGGCCAACGAACCUCAAGUUACCCUAGUUAUCCCUCCUCCGGAUAUCUAGAAGAGACAAUUAAAAAAACCGGAGCCAGUACUCUUAACGCCGGAAAUCCGGAUUCCGGUUCCAGCAGAGCCAGUAUGGGUUAUCCAUCGGGCGCUGGAUACUCGAAUCCAAAUGCCGGCCAACGAACCUCAAGUUACCCUAGUUAUCCCUCCUCCGGACAUCUUUCGGAAGAGACAAUUAAAAAAACCGGAGCCAGUACUCUCAACGCCGGAAAUCCGGAUUCCGGUUCCAGCAGAGCCAGUAUGGGUUAUCCAUCGGGCGCUGGAUACUCGAAUCCAAAUGCCGGCCAACGAACCUCAAGUUACCCUGGUUAUCCCUCCUCCGGAUAUCCUUCGGAAGAAACGGUGAGAAGAACCGGAGCAAGUACGGUAAACGCCGGUUAUCCGGAUUCUGGUCAAAGAAAUCCGGGCUAUCCCUCUUCUGGGAAUACAAAUCCCGGAUAUCCGAAUUCGGGUAAUCCUUAUUCAGGUUAUUCGAAUAAUCCAAACCAGGGUAGAAAUCAAUACCAAAAUCCGUAUUAUAAUCAGGGUCAGGGACAAUAUAAUGGCCAACCGUAUUCAAACAACUAUCCUAAUCAGUAUCAAAAUCCUAAUCAGUACAACAAUCCUAAUCAGUAUGGUAAUCCGAAUCAGGGUCGUUAUCCUCAAAAUUACCCAUCACAGAGUUAUCCGGGUAAUGCUCCCGUCACUCCGAAGACCAGUAUCGGCGACAGAAUUCAAGAGUAUGCGACAAAUUUACUCAAGAAAGUUGUCAUUCAAAAAGUUAUAGACUCCGUUACGAAGAAUAAUAAUUAGAUAUUUUUCGUUUAAUUUUUAUUUAAAUUGUGUACUAACUGUAAUCUAUAAACAUUCAGGGAUUAGUUUUAUUUCCCUUUUUAGUGCCUUUAAGUUAUUUUAUUUUUCAGGCCUCGGAAUGACUUUCACAAACAAAAAAAAUCGAAUUAAUCAAGUUAAAGUAGGAACAGAGUCUAAAAUGGGAGAUUAUGCACCAAGUGCGAAAAGAAGACGUUUUCCGAUGAGUUUGUAAGUGGCUGCUUGAGCGAAGCGAGAGCAGUAGCUUACAAACUCAUCGGAAAACGUCUUCUUUUCGCACUUGGUACACAUGAUGCUUUUUGUAAUACUUCUUUGAAAAAAUAAUUAAUAAAAAUAAUUAAUUAAUUAAUUAAUUAAUUACUAAUGAGUAAUAAUAAUUUUCUAUAUAGUAUACAGGAAAGCAAUAGAACUGUACAAAAAAGUACAGUUUUCUACACAGUAUGCAGUAAAAUAAUUAUAAAAUUAUUCGAAAAAAUACAUUUUGCAACACUAACCUGUAAAAUUGAAUUUUACAUACAGAAAACUGUGUGUAAAGUAAGUGUGCAGAAAAGUAUAUUUUUUCACAGAUUGCAGCAAAGUAAUGAAUAGAGUGAAAAAAAAAUUGAAAAAAUUACAUUUCUAAAAAAAUAAUUGGGAAAAGUCUUACAAAACCGAGGCCUGCCUUUGCUUUCUAGAAAAUUUUAAUUUCUAUUAUAAUAAAAAUAGUUUCUAUUAUAAAUUAUAAUAAAAAUAUUAAUUUCAAUUUGAUAAUGAAAAUAAUAAUUCCUAUUGCUGUAAAAAUAUUAAUACUCAAUUCAAUAGGAGAAAAAAAUCAAAUACUUUAUUAUAGUGUCACAAAGAAAAAGAUAAACAAUUCCCACAUUUGUUAAAUAAAAAUAAUACUAAUAUUUAAAUUUUCAUAUUUGUACUAUUAGAAUUUCUACAUUAUUUAAAUGAAAAUUAAAAUGUAAUAUAGUUAAAAUGAAAUAUUAUCAUAAUUAAAUUUAAAUAUUAUACUUAAAUUUAAAUAUUAUUAUAUCGAAAUUCAAAUAUUUUAAUAUUGAAUAUAUCAAAUUUAAAUAUAAUUAUAUUUAAAUUAUCUUUAAAUUUUCAUAUACAAUUAACAGGUUAGUUAAAUAUUUCAGUACUAAUAUCGUCGAAAAUGGAGUUUGCUCUAUUUUACGGGUAAAUAAAGCGAUAAAUUAAGUUUAUAUUCGCCAAUAAAAAGCUUGCCCUUGUUAGUUGAGGGUAAUAUAUACAAAAUUAUCACCACACCCUAGUGUUGAAAACUGUUGUAUGCAAUCAAUAAAAAAAAAAAUAA